CUGUGCCUCUAUAUUCUCUAUCAACGUCUAUGGGGAAAAUGGCGCUUUGACGCGGAUGAAGUGAUGCGGUCGGCGCGCGACGCUCACCUCAACCGAUGCCUUGCGGGUAGAACCUUGGAGAUGAGUUGAUGCCAGUCCAGCGCCCCUCUCCUUUCCAUCCUCCUCACCCCCUGCAGGUCUUGCUAUAAAAUGGCAGCUAAGCUGCUGCAUCGUUGGUGUCAGCUUUACAGGGUCCCAUCGCCCUUGUGUGUCCGAGCGCACCUGAUCUCCUCAGGAGGCAAGGUGGCCAUGGCCAGAGGACCACCCCAAACCCCUUUUGCCCACUUGGCCACGUUUAGCCUCUCGAGGCCCACAGACAAACUCUCAGUCAAGGAGCAGGUGUACAGGACUCCCCCCGAGCGUGACGAUUUGGGGGACCUCAUUGGCACAUCAACCACCACAGAGAACCUCUUGGAUUUAGAGAAGCUAUACCCAAUUAAUGGGAAUGAAGCAGCCAUGAUCAUCAGCCGGCUCUCCCGCUUGGUGGUAGAGGCAAAAUUGGACCCAGAUGGCAUCUUGAAGGAUGAGCGCUUCCACCGCCUGCUUCAGAUCACACACAAACAGGUUUCUCAGGUCUACAACACGGCCUUGGUGAACCUCCUGAAGGGACUCUACGUGCUAGGGCUGGAGCGGAGCCAGCUGGAGGUGCGCUCUGUGGAGCAGGAGGUGCGCUGGCGGAUGAGGCGGAUGACCUUCAAGCAGCUCGCCUUCCUGACUGACCAUGUGGCCACCAGCGCCCCUCAGGUCGAGCUUCUGAGCGACCUGUUGAAGCAUCUGGAGCUGCGUUGGACGGAGAUUGAGGACCCAAAGAUGGUGGCGAUGUUGAUGGCUAGAGUGGGGGCUCUCUCCCCAGCACUGAUGGAGCGGCUGGAGGAUAAGGCCCUGGAGUUGGCUGAGCAGUUCAGCCCCGAGGAUAUUCGGAAAGUCGCCGUGGCCUUAGCGCUUCAGAACCGCCGUUCCAUCCCCCUGCUCCGGGCCAUGUCGUACCACUUGGUCCAGAAGCACUUCUCUUUCAGCACCAGGAUCCUCCUGGACCUGUCUUUUGCCUACGGGAAGCUGAAUUUCCACCAGAGCCAGGUGUUCCAGAAGAUUGCCUCAGACCUCCACCCCCGUGUGCCAGAGCUGACCCACGGGGAUGUCGUGCGCUGCCUCAAGUCCUUCGCUUACCUGAAGUGGCUCAACCUACCCCUCUUUGAGGCCUUCGCCAAGUACACCAUUGACAGUGCCGGCAAAUUUUCCCCCGUCCAACUUGGCAAUAUCGUCCUUGCUUUUGCUCGCUUGAACUUCCAUCCCAGCUGCAGGGAGGACUUCUAUAGUGCGAUCCACAAGGGGAUGGACAGCCAUUUGGACGACUUAGACCCACCCCUGCUGCUGGACCUGGUGUGGUCAUUGUGCGCGCUGCAGGAAGCGAAGGCUGCCCAUCUGCAAAAAGUGCUGGUGCCGGAGUUUCACACUCACUUCUUAGGUGAUCACUCGGCAAAAGGGCAGAACUCCCGGCUCAAACUGAUCCACGUCAACACCACAGCCCGGCUGGAGUGCACCGACUACAAGGGGCCGUUCCUGCCGCCUGAAGCCCUGGGCAUCAAGGAGCUUCAAGGGGGCAGGAAGGUGACCCCCCUGCAGAUCAGUCUCAAAGAAGCCGUGGAGAAAGUUGCUGGAGACCAGGCGAGAGUGCGCUGUGAGGUGGACACCAUCUGGGGCUGGCUGCUUGACGCCGAGAUGGUGCUUGACUCUGACAACCAGCCCCUUCCCGUGACUGACUUUGUUGCUCCUCACCUGGCCCGGUCCAAGGGCUCUAAACCUCUCCCGUCCAAGGCCAGAAGGCUUGCCUUCCUCAGAUGGGAUUUCCCAGACUUCAGCAACCGGAGCAAAGACCUGAUGGGGCGCUCCGCCAUGGCCCGGCGGCACAUCCAAGCCGCUGGUUUCUUGAUUGUUGACGUUCCCUAUUACGAAUGGCUCGACUUGAAGUCGGAGUGGCAGAGGACAGCCUAUCUCAGGGACAAAAUGAGCAAAGCGGUUGCUGAAGAGAUGGCGAAAUAGUUUGGGGGCCGGAGGGACAUAAACACCAAGGCAAUUUCAGGGUUAACUCCUUGACUGCUGCGUAGAAGGGAUUCUGCCUGUCUUUAUAUCCAUAAUCUAAUUGGUGAUGCUGUGAAUGGGAGGGAGGGAGGAUCUCCGGACACACGGAGGGGGCCCUUUCCGCUGUGUACAUAAAUGUGUAUUUGAAUAAACAGUCCGGGUCACGCUUUCA